CAGCAACCAGCAGAGUGAUUGAAUGAAUAAUACAUAAAUAAAAAGGUUAUCAGAAACAAUUCCUUCUUCAUCUUCUUCUCUCCGAUGUCUGCCAUGGAUGUUAUGCUUCACUCUUCAAGCUUUCUCCUCCCUUCGAAUCCCGUCGACGAUACUACAGGGACGAGAUACGCUCUCAUUGUUCUUAACCAGAGUUUACCACGAUUCGCUCCUCUUCUCUGGGAACAUGCAAAACUUCGUCUCUGUGCUGAUGGAGGCGCUAAUCGCAUCUACGACGAAUUACCUCUCUUCUUCCCUCAUGAAGACGCUUUGGCCAUUCGAAACAGGUAUAAGCCGGAUGUUAUCAAGGGAGAUAUGGAUUCUAUUCGGCGUGACGUCCUCGACUUUUAUGUUAACUUGGUAAGCUCUUUGUGUGAUUACAUUUUUAGAAUCAUUGUGUGUGGUGUCUUUGUUAGAUCGAACAUGCUUUCUCUGUUUUUUUCUCUCCAGGGAACUAAAGUUAUAGAUGAAUCUCAAGAUCAAGAUACCACUGAUCUUGAUAAAUGCAUUUUGUAUAUCCGUGACUCUACUUUGAAUCAAGAGAGUUCCAGACUCCAUAUUCUUGCCACUGGAGCACUUGGUGGAAGAUUUGAUCAUGAAGCCGGUAAUAUCAAUGUCUUAUAUCGAUAUCCAGAUACAAGGAUAGUCCUUUUAUCUGAUGAUUGCCUCAUCCAACUCCUUCCAAAGAGUCAUCGACAUGAAAUACAUAUUCAGUCUUCUCUUGAAGGACCUCACUGUGGACUCAUACCCAUUGGAACUCCAUCUGCUAAAACCACAACCUCAGGGCUUAAAUGGGAUCUCGCCAACACUGAGAUGAGAUUUGGUGGGUUGAUAAGUACAUCAAACUUGGUUAAAGAAGAGAAAAUCACAGUCGAAUCGGAUUCGGAUCUUCUCUGGACUAUAUCCAUCAAGAAAACAGGACUUUCCAUAGAAGACCAUACACCUUAGGCGCGGUAACAAAAACACAUUUUAGUUUUAUACGCCACUAUUAUAUUCCUGACGCGUCGAAUUACUUCAACAUUAUUGUGUUGAUUUGUUUUCACUGUACCAGCAAUGAUACCUGUUACCUGUACCAUUACUGUCGUUAUACAUAAGAUUAUUAUUUCUUUGGUUUUGUCAUUU